AUGGUUCAGCGUGAACGAUUCUCCAUCGAACUCCGAAAGCUUUCGACCACACAGUCUUCAGAGGGUCCAGUCCGUUCAUAUUUGAAGGGAACUCCCUCUGAUCAAUUACAUCCAUUCCUGGAUGACAAGGGAAUCCUGCGUGUGGGGGAACGUCUCAAGAGGUCGGAACUUACAUCCUACAAUCAAAAACAUCCCAUUUUGUUGCCCAGUAAACAUCCUGUUACGGAUAUGAUCAUUCGACAUGUCCAUCAGUCAAAUCUCCAUGCAGGGAUCCAAAGUACUCUUCACGCCAUUCGAACCAAAUUCUGGAUUUUAAACGGCACGGAUCAAAUUAGGAAACUUGUCCGUCAAUGUGUUGAUUGCAUCCGCCAGAAACCAAAGUUGGUUCACGCUCAAGUGGCUGAUUUACCUAGAGCUAGAGUCAACGAAGCACCAGCUUUCUCGUGCACAGGUGUCGAUUUCUUUGGACCAAUUCUCAUCAAGGAGAAGAAGGAUCGCAACCGAUCCUUCCUCAAGGCCUACGGUUGUGUGUUCGUUUGCAUGGUUUCAAAGGCCGUACAUAUCGAGUUUGCCACUGAUCUUUUCACAGAAGGUUUUUUAUCAGCCUUUCGAAGGUUUGUCAGUCGCAGAGGAGUUCCUGAACAUGUCUAUUCUGACAAUGGUACAAAUUUCGUUGGAGCGAGCAGGGAGCUCAGCGAACUAUAUGAUCUGAUUCCCACCUCUGAUUUCAAAGAGGUAGUAGGAAACUACGCUUUGUCCAAACGCAUCGAGUGGCACUUUAAUCCACCACUGUCUCCCCAUUUUGGAGGAAUUUGGGAAGCGGCUGUAAAGAGUUUCAGACAUCACUUAAAGCGCGUUUUAAAGGAUCACAAGCUCACUUAUGAGCAACUUAACACUCUUCUUAUCGAAAUCGAAGCAAUCUCAAAUUCGCGACCUUUGUGUACUCUUUCAGCCGAUCCCAAUGAUCCUUUAGCCAUAACUCCAGCUCACCUAUUGAUAGGUAAACCAUUGAACGCGCUGCCCGAUAAAUCGUUUAUUUCAGUUCCAGAUAAUCGUUUGUCUACGUACAAUUUCAUCACUAAGGCCAAACAAGAUUUCUGGAACAAGUGGCACAAAGAAUAUUUCCACGAAUUGCAAACUCGUCAUAAAUGGCAUGACUCAACUGCUGAACUCAAACUAUGCUCAGUGGUCCUCCUCAUGGAUGAUCUGGUCACCUGUGCACGAUCGCCACUGGGAAUGAUCGUAGAAGUCUUCCCUGGGAAUGACGGCAUCGUUCGAGUCGCAUCAGUCAAAACUGCGGGCGGCAUCUACAAACGCAACAUCCCUCGCCUAUGUCUCUUGCCUGUAACUUAG